AUGGCACCAGCAGCUGUCGAAUCCACAAACAUGUCUGUUCCCGAGAACCCUACGAAGCAGAAUGGCGCUUCCUCUGCCAAGCGCCACGAGGAAUACCAGUACCUCGAUCUCGUUCGCGAGAUCCUCGAGGAGGGCGAGCACCGUCCGGACAGAACUGGCACCGGCACCUACUCAAUCUUCGCCCCGACUCCUCUUAAGUUCUCCCUCAACAAGAACGGCGAGCCCCUCCUGCCCCUCCUCACAACCAAGCGUGUCUUCCUCCGCGCAGUCAUUGCCGAACUCCUGUGGUUCGUCGAGGGCAACACAUCAUCGCUCGCCCUGAGCGAAGCCGGCGUCAAGAUCUGGGACGGAAACGGAUCGCGCGAGUUCCUGGACAGCGUCGGCCUCUCCCACCGCGAAGUCGGCGACCUCGGCCCCGUGUACGGCUUUCAAUGGCGCCACUUUGGCGCCGAGUACGUCGACUCCAAGACGGAUUACACGGGCCAGGGCGUUGACCAACUGGCCGAGGUCAUCCACAAGCUCAAGACGAACCCCUACGACCGCCGCAUCCUCCUUAGCGCCUGGAACCCAGCGGAUCUGAAGAAGAUGGCGCUCCCGCCGUGCCACAUGUUUGCGCAGUUUUACGUCUCGUACCCGCGAGCCCGCGGCGCCACGCCCGCAAACGAGGAGAAGCCAAAGGGCCACCUCCAUUGCCAGUUGUACCAGCGGUCUUGCGACAUGGGACUCGGCGUGCCCUUCAACAUUGCCAGCUACGCGCUCCUGACGCACAUGAUUGCGCGGGCGUGCGACCUGGUACCGGGAAGCCUCACGCACGUCAUGGGCGACGCGCACGUCUACGCGGACCACGUGGACGCGCUCAAGGUGCAGCUGGAGCGGGAGCCAAGAGACUUCCCGCUGCUGGAGAUCAGCAACAGGGAGCCGGGGUGCAGCAUUGACGGGUGGAAGGUUGAGGACUUUGUGGUCAAGGGGUAUGAGCCGCAUAAGACGAUUGCCAUGAAGAUGUCUGUGUGA